ACUACACACUCGAAAAAGAAUUUACCUGAAAAGAAAAAAAAAGAAAGAGAGAGAUAUAAAUAGCUUUACAAAAACAGAUACUAUCUUUUAUUAAUCCAAAAAGACUGCGAACUCUAGUAACUACGUACAAGCUUAAACCUUAUCCAGUUUCUUCAAAAAGAGUUUUUGAUCAAUGAGCUCAUUUUCUGCGUCCGAUUACGAGUCUCAAGUUUCUUCAGGCGGAGAUUAUUGUCCGAAGUUGGCGACUAGCUGUCCCAAAAAACCGGCGGGUCGAAAGAAGUUUCGCGAAACUCGUCACCCAAUUUACAGAGGAGUUCGUCAGAGAAACUCCGGUAAGUGGGUGUGUGAAGUGAGAGAGCCAAACAAGAAGUCGAGGAUUUGGCUCGGAACUUUCCAAACCGCCGAGAUGGCAGCUCGUGCUCACGAUGUCGCCGCAUUAGCCCUCCGCGGCCGAUCCGCCUGUCUUAAUUUCGCUGACUCGGCUUGGCGGCUACGAAUCCCGGAAUCAACCUGCGCCAAAGAUAUCCAGAAAGCUGCGGCUGAAGCUGCGUUGGCUUUCCAAGAUGAGAGGUGUGAUACGACCAAUGAUCAUGGCCUGGACAUGGAGGAGACGAUGGUGGACGCUAUUUAUACGCCGGAACAGAGUGAAGAUGCGUUUUAUAUGGAUGAGGAGACGAUGAUUGGGAUGCCGAGUUUGUUGGAUAAUAUGGCCGAAGGCAUGCUUUUGCCGCCGCCGUCCGUUCAAUGGAAUCGUAAUUACGACGGCGAGGGAGAUGGUGACGUGUCGUUGUGGAGUUUUUAAAAUUCGAUAUUCGUUUCCAUUUUUGUACUAUUGUUUGAAAAGAUUAUAGCUCCUUUUUAAGAAUGGAUCCUUCGGUUUUUUUUUUGUAGUAAGAGAAACGAUUGUAAAUAAUUCAAUACAAAAAAA